UGUUUCGUCUUAAGGGAUUUCUCAUUGGUUAACUCAAAAUUUCAGUUUCUUUUCCCAACACCUUAAGCAUUCUUCAUAUAAUUCUCCACUUUCUAGCAUUUCCAAUUCGAUUCGUUUUAUAAAUAAGAAAAUUCCAGAGAAAAUUUCCAGAUCUGCACUUGCUCUUCCAAUUUAAGAUUUUCUACUCGAAUUUUCUUCUCCUAACUUCUAGAAUCUUCCAUUUCCUCUUGUAUGCAAAAAAUUCAAUUCGGAUCACCAGUGACAACUGUGAGCUGGAAUUUCUGCAAUGAGUUAUCGGAGGGAUCAUCGAGCCCAUAGAGCUGCUCUCUUUGAUAACUAUGAUAGUAUUGAGGAAGGUGGUAUAAGGGCUUCAUCUUCCUAUCCCCGUGAUCUUGAUGAAAGAGACAACGACAAAGCUGUGGAUAGCUUACAAGACAGAGUCAGCUUUUUAAAGAAAUUAACAGGUGACAUACAUGAGGAGGUGGAGAACCACAGCCGAGUGCUAGACCGAAUGGGGAAUGAGAUGGAUUCAUCUAGAGGAAUCAUGUCAGGAACCAUGGAUCGAUUCAAGAUGGUAUUCGAGAAGAAAUCAAAUCGGAAAAUGUGCAAACUCGUCGGAUACUUUGUGCUUUCCUUUUUCCUAAUAUACUACAUACUUAGGUUUCUCAUGUAUUUUAUGUAUGGUUGACGUUGAGGCAGGGUUUACUAAGAUUGUUCUUCAAACCGCUUGGCCAUGCCACAAAACGUGACAUAUAACUGGCAUCUACUUCAAUCUUAUAGGGAAAACUGGCACAGUAAAUUGUAUAUUUCGUACUGUAUCAUGUCAAAGACUGUUUAUUUUCGCAUGGAAAAGGAAGAUAUUUUCAGACAUUCUUUGAAAAAUCAUAUAGAAAGCUAUAUGGCGUAAAACUUGACUAGGGUGUUCAUCGGUCGGCUAGGUACGGUUUUGAAAGAUUUCAGUUCUAUGGUUUUGCUUUUUACUUUUCGGUUU